GGGGUGUGGCAUCCACACUUCUCCAUCUCUUCUUCCUCUUCCUUUCUAUCAGCUUCUAUUUCUGAUCUGUUUUCUAGUUUCCUAGCUUCAUGGCUGUCCUUGAAAAUCAUGAUCAAGCAAUGGCUCUUCCUCAUCAUCAUGAUGUUGAGCAGCAGAGGCAGAGCAGCUGCCAGGAGAAGGAGAAGUCAUUAGAUUACUCCCAAAGAGCACAGUGGCUUCGAGCUGCAGUUCUUGGAGCCAACGAUGGGUUGGUGUCCACAGCAUCACUGAUGAUGGGAAUAGGAGCUGUGAGACAAGACAUCAAGGCCAUGAUACUUACUGGGUUUGCUGGGUUGGUUGCCGGAGCUUGCAGCAUGGCCAUAGGCGAGUUUGUUUCAGUUUACUCUCAGCUGGACAUAGAGAGAGCUCAGAUGAAGAGAGUGAAGGCAACAGGCGAUGAUCGAGAGAGCAAGGAGGACGGUGAGACCGAGCGCUUGCCGAGCCCGAUCCAGGCGGCAGCAGCAUCGGCGCUUGCAUUUUCAGUUGGAGCAGUGGUGCCGCUACUAGCAGCAUCGUUUAUCAAGCAGCAUAAGGUGAGGCUGGGGGUGGUGGCUGCAGUUGCUAGCUUGGCAUUAUUGGUGUUUGGUGGGGUAGGGGCUAGGUUGGGGAGGGCACCAAUGGUGAGGUCUUGCUUGAGAGUAUUAGUUGGUGGGUGGCUGGCUAUGGCAAUAACCUUUGGAUUAACCAAGUUAAUUGGAUCUAGUGGCCUCUAAGAGAGGCUAUCAGUUAAUUGAUUUCCUUUCAUACAUAAGAGGAAGGAGGAGGUAGUUGCUGAUAAUGAAUAACAUGGAGGGAGCUAGUGUGGGUCAUGCCUUUUCUUUCUUAAUUUCCUUCUUGUUUCUAGAUCUAUAUAUAUAUAUAGAGAGAGAGAGAGAGCAGCCUUACUUUGGUUGUUUAUAUAUUUCAAUUUAAUGUGUAAGUGAAGCUUCAAAGCUUUGUAAAUCUCCCCCUCAAAAUCCAAUAUGAUGAAAUCUAAGCUCACUGAAAUUUUAAUGUUGGAGUUGGUAUGGAUUUAUUA